GAAAGCCAUGGCGGAGAUUGUUCCCGGAGCUCCCAGGGGGACUCCUGCGACCAAAGAGUUGCUGCCAGUGCGUGACUGCGGCGACGCCGCAGAAGGCGCUGCGGCACUGGUGCGGCUCCCCACGGACGAGUCUCCUUCCAAGUUCUCUGUUGCCUCCCAAGAGUGGCCCGACGCAGACAUCCAAAGCCAAUUGUGCGCCUUCGCUACCGAUGAUGGAUUGGCUGAAGACAUCGAAGCUUUGAUGGAUGGCUUGCCAUCACCAGGGCCCAUGGGAUCUGACGGAGCUCCCAAGGGGACUCCCACGAAACAAAUGGUCAACGCGCUGGAAACUCAGCUGCUGCCUGUGUGUGGAUUGGCUUCGCAUGAAGAAGGCAUCCAGCUGUUGCGGGCCUGCCUUGCCACUGCCCGUGAAGAUCCCACAUACGGAGGGACCGAGACCCAGAGCGAGUCUCCAGUCUGGGGGUGCAACGACGAUUGGGCAUUGCUGCGCCCAGAGUUAGAAAAGCGUACCGCACCUCUGUCGCCCAAGCUCCCCACGGAAGUGAUGGCCUUGCCAGCUGCUUUUUUCCGAGACCCUACUUUUGCAGUGCCAGAUCCAGAGCAAGACUGCGUCGUUGUCUUUGGUGGGGUGGCCAAUGUAGAGGGCGCAGGGGCUGGAGGGUGCCAUUUCAUGCCUUUGCUGACCCAGAGGCAAGCCCACAGCUGGCACUCCAGCACCUCUGCUCACGAAAAAUGGCAUGACAUGGUUCUCGCAGUGGAAGGCAGGGGUGAUGGGCUUUUGCUCGUGGACAGGGUUCGGGAAGCUGGAGACUGCUACUUUCACAGCUUGCUGAUUACCUUGCACGCCAAAGGCAUCCUUUUCAGGGCUGCGGCAAGCAACGAGAGCACGCCUCCACCGAGGCAGGCAAGGUUGUCGACUAGCCCACCUUCAUCGCAAGAGCCUGGUGCCAAUCGAAGGGGGCUCUGCUUUGAUGAUGCCUUGGCCGGGGAAGAAGUUGUGGGCUACAGCAUGGAAGACCCGGUGGAGGGGUGGGUCCAGAAGCUCAAAGCAAUCAAGACUGCGGAAAACUUGGAAGAUGUGCUUUUCCCGAACCGAAUCUUUGAGGGCUUGCGCAACAAGGCUGAAACUUAUGACACAGUGAAGGGCAACCUUAAGAUGUGCUGGGAAGAUACACGCACACACAGGCAGCUCGCGGUGGAAGAGGAUAUGGACAUCCGCUUGUGCGCUGUGGGCCCCAUCGCGGAUGCAGUGCAUACCAUCGCGCGAGCGAAAGGGGUGCACACUGAGGCCUUGCUUGGCUGCCUUGACAGCAACAUUGGCUUUCUGGAGGCCAAUGGCACGACUCUGUGCCACAAUCCUCGGGCACAGCAUUUCAUCCCCACCGGAAGCCCUGUCAUCGUGGGAUCUCCAUCCUCCACACGCAAGACGGCCUUGAUCCAACAGACGGACGACUGGAUGUGUAACGCCCCCCACGCUGGUCAGGCUUUCCAGGACCGAUCAGUCCUCACAACUGAUAGCACCACCAAGGGCAUCCGCAAUUGCUUGAAAGACUACGGAAGAUGUGGGGUCACAUCCGACGAAGCUGCCAACACUUUCGACACAAAGAUGUCAGACCGGGAGUCGGGCAUCCAUUUCAUAGCCGUGACCAAGUUGAACACCUGGACACAGGGCGAGCCCGAUGCCCCGACCACAGGUAAUGGCAGCUUCAGCCUGACCCAUUACAAUUUCCUGCUGAAAGUGGCUGGCCAAACAGAAGUUGUGGAAGAGGUCGUGCAGCCUAGAGUGCACGGCUUCCAAAAGCGAUUGAAGCAGGUUUGGUCAUUGUCAGAGAACCCGACACAGGACCAGCAGCUGUUCAAGGCCAGUAACAAGCUCAUCCAAGAUUGGCAUGACUGGAUGCAUUCCAAGUGCGUGGAGCAGCCGCCGGUCGUCAUCUCUCUGAGUGGGCAGGCCCUCAGCAUGUACAAUGCUGCCAAGCAGGCCAUCACUGACUUCGUGUCUGAGAACAAGCUUCCUCCCGUCUUCAGGACCAAGCUGGUCUUUUUCCACUCCGAUGUGCUGCGGGAUGCACACAAGGUGUUUAGGUCGGUGCAGUUUCUCACAACCUUGUGCCCAAAUCUUCCUGAGGAUUCACGGGAAGCCAUGUCUUUGGAUGAGUUUACAGUGGCACUGCACAAGUGGAUCCGACAAAUCCAGUGGCACUUUGGAAGCUACAGGUUUGCAGCCUCGAAAAAGGACGAAGCUGCGGCAGGACUGAGCAGCAACAGCAAGGCCGCGGAAUCCAAGCAGAUCUUGUGCAGCAUCCCUGAGACAGAGGAGCAGGCGCCCUUGGAUGCAGAGGCUUUGUUUCUCCGCACCUUGAUGCACAGAGCCCCUCCUGAUGCUUGGUUCACCUCAGCCGACAUGAGGUUGCUAUUGAAGAACUUGAGAGGGACAACCUUCAAAUCUGAGCUCAGCAAAAGGAUUGAGAAGGGCGUCGGGCACCUGAUUGAUCAUGGCCUGCUGGAGGCGGGUGAAGCCAAAAUGAAGCAGGACGAUUUGAAAGACUUGAAGUUGACAGCAAGAGCUGCCAAGCGCUCAGGUGAAGCGCCCUGCUCCGGCAAGGCCGGGAGGCUCAUGCGCAAGCGGUCUGCUCAGGAGGUCCAGGACGAUCCGAAAGCCUCGGCAGAGCAAAAGCGAUUGCGCUUGAGCAUGAAUGAUUUCCCGGCCUGA